AUGGUGCCUUUCCUCUUCAACGGCGGGCCCAGCUCGCCGCUGACUGAACUGUCCGACUGCGAAUCCGAGCUUUCCGUCCUUACACGCUCGCCUUCACCGCCUGCAGAGUACCACGUACGAUCGCUGCCCUCCCCGUCUUCGUCACGACGCUCUUCGGCCAAGACGACCCCCGCGCCCGAAGACAUGCCCUCCCCGCCCUCCAGCAACGACGAGGACCCGCGGCCAGCCAAGCGGAGGAAGCUCGCGCCCACGACAGACCCCAACGGGCGCACCACCCAGUACCUCGAUCUGACCCAAGACAUCUCCACCGACGACAAGCCGCACCUGCAGCGCUUGCUCAACGUGCUGCACAAGAAGCGCAAGAUUGUAGUCAUUGCUGGCGCUGGCAUCUCAGUAUCUGCAGGCAUUCCUGACUUUCGAUCGGCUACCGGUCUGUUCAACUCGCUCAAGAAGGAGCACGGCCUCAAGUCCUCCGGCAAGGAUCUCUUCGACGCCUCCGUUUACCAGGAUGACGUCUCAACCACCACCUUCCACGCCAUGGUGCGCAGUCUGUCCACCGAGACCAAGAGCGCGCAGCCCACAGCCUUCCACCACCUGCUCGCCACCUUGGCCCAGGAGGGGCGUUUGAUGCGACUGUACACUCAGAACGUCGACGGCAUCGACACGGCCAUGCCUCCUCUCAAGACCGAGGCGCCUUUGCCGAAGAAGGCACCAUGGCCCAAGACGGUCCAGGUACACGGGGGCCUCGAUCACAUGGUGUGCUCAAAAUGCCACAAGCUAUACCCUUUUGAUGCUGCGCUAUUCGACGGACCCACCGCGCCGCCCUGCCCGAGCUGCGUCGAAACGGACAUGGUCCGUCAAGCAGCAGAGAAGCGAACCCACGGGAUUGGAUGUUUGCGCCCUCGCAUGGUCCUGUACAAUGAGCAGAACCCCGAUGACGAAGCAAUUGGCUCCUGUGCCGCAACCGACCUUCGCAUGCGACCGGACGCGGUCAUUGUCGCUGGCACCACGCUCAAGGUCCCUGGCAUCCGCCGCAUUGCCCGUGAGAUGUGCAACACCGUACGCGACCGGAAGGACGGCGUUGCGAUCUGGAUCAACAACGAUCCGGAGCCUCUAGGCGUUGAUCUCAAGAACGCGUGGGACUUGGUAGUCACAGGGCCCUGCGACGAGGUCGCUCGACAUGCCGCUAUGCGGAAAUGGGACGACCCAAUGGAUUUCAAGGAGAUCACUGACGAGGAGCUGUCCAAGGCUAAGGAGAGCCGAAGAAUCGAGGUGGUCGUUGGCACUCCCAAGAAGCCAGGCGUUUUCCGAAAUGCCGGCCAGCUAACACCGGGUCAAAGCCCUCGCAUGCUGCCCAAGAACGCCGUCAAGCAGGAACCGACUACGCCCUCGAAGAAAGGUACAAAGCGGAAGUCUGUUGCGCAGAUGGACCUCUUGGGCAAGUUGGCAACCAAAGGAACCGCGAAGAAGGCGCAGGCGCAACCCAAGAAAGCCACCGCCAAGGCCAAGGCCGGGAAAGACACAAAGGAGACGCCCGCAAUCAACAACAUGUUCAAGGCCACCAAAGCGACGGCGAAGCCGACAGGCAAGGCGAAGAAGCUCUCAGAGGCGCCGGUCCAAUUCGCUCCUUCGACCAAGUCCAAAGUCCAGUCAGCUCCGGUCAAGAAGGUCGGCGACACCAUCACAGUGGCGAAACGAGAGGCUCCCUCGACGCCCAGAGGCGUCCGAGUCACAAAGUUCAAGACAGAAAUGGUCAUGCAACCGUUGUCGGAUGCGGACCGUCGCAACAACCACUCGCCAGUUCGUCCAGCAAUCGAAAUGUUCACGCCCGUCAAAGAUCGUACGCCUAGUGAGCAGCUCCACGAUGAGAUUGCUCGCUCGUUUGCCUCCAACUCUCGCCCUGGUUCGUCUAGCUCGCAGAGGAACGAGAUAGUCAGGCCAGAGUCUGUGCCACAUAGCAUGGGCAACCUGCUCUGCUAG